ACCACACACUGUUUCUACUUUGAGCUUAAUUAGCCACGAUAUGGCAAUUACUAAUUCACAAUUUGCAAAUUGUUUCUUGAUUUCACUUAUUUUUCUAAUUGCAUUUGCUUCAAACCAUGCAAAUGGACAAGAACUCAAAGUAAGGUUUUAUCACAAAACAUGCCCUAAUGUUGAGUGGAUAGUGAAGGAAGUUGUUGAUGAUGUUAUAUCAAGAGUUCCUAGUCUUGCUGCUCCUUUGUUGAGAAUGCACUAUCAUGAUUGUUUUGUUAGGGGUUGUGAUGCAUCACUUCUGUUGGAUUCCCCAACAAAACAAGCUGAGAAGGAUUCAAUCCCAAAUUUAAGCCUUAGAGGAUUUCAAAUUAUUGAUAGAGUGAAGACUGCUCUUGAAAAAUCUUGCCCUGGAAUAGUUUCUUGUGCUGAUAUUGUUGCUCUAGUAGCUAGAGAUGUCACUGCUGCGGUGAAGGGACCAUUCUGGGAAGUUGAAACAGGGAGAAGAGAUGGAAGGGUGUCAAACAUAACAGAAGCCUUAUUUAAUUUGCCUCCACCUUUUGCAAACAUAACAGCUUUGAAACAAGAUUUCUUGCAGAGGGGAUUAAGUGUCAAGGACCUAGUUGUAUUAUCAGGUUCUCACACAAUUGGAAUAUCACAUUGCUCAUCAUUCAACAACCGUCUAUACAACUUCACUGGAAAAGGAGAUGCAGAUCCCUCUUUGGACCCAAACUACAUAAAAAUAUUGAAACUCAAAUGUUCACCAAAUGACCAAAAAACCAUAGUGGAAAUGGACCCUGGAAGUGUUAGGACAUUUGAUAAUUCUUAUUACUCACUUGUGGCUAAAAGAAGAGGACUAUUUACUUCUGAUUCUGCUUUACUUAAUGAUGAUGAAACUAAAGAUUAUCUCAAAAAACAAGCAUUUAAUCCAUAUGGUUCUACAUUUUUUAAGGACUUUGGUGAGUCUAUGGUGAAAAUGGGAAGGAUUCAAGUGCUCACUGGAAAUCAAGGUGAAAUUAGAAAAGUUUGCACAAGGGUCAACUAGCUAGAAAAGCAUCGUUUAUAUUUAUUUUUGAAGUGAUUAUGGCACGUCUAGUGGUCAACCAUAUAAUUUGUUUUCUUUUGAUUCUUUGAAUAAUGUGUUUGUCAUUUAGAAUUGAUGUAAGUUUGUU